AUGUUUGUUUUUUUCAAGUCCUAUACAUUCAGCCUCGUUCCCCAAUACCGUGUGACCAUCUUUGGUGAUGAAAGUGAUGACUCGUCGUUGAAAGUUCGUCACUAUCCAAUCGCACCGGAUCUUGGCCAGUUGGACGAUCGUACAGGUCGUCUGUCAAUUGAUCGUCUUUUGUCCGAAACUCUGGUGGUCCGAUGUCGUGAACGGCUUUUACGUAUUCGUAAGCGCCUCAAGGCAGCUAAGCCUCUUUCGAUCGUUUUGUACGCUGGAUCAGCGACACCAAGUCUUUGGCUUCCACUGUUACGGGAUAGUGUAGAUACACGGGAAGAGUGUGUAGUUAUAUCAGUGAAUAUGUUUAGCGGACGUGUUCUCUGUAGUUUGGAUGCGAUAGAGUUCCUGCCGGGUUCAGCUAGUGAACUAAAAGAAUUUGAAGCAGCUCUGUACGAUGGCCAAUCGAUUGAUUCUCUGCGCAAGCGAAUCGAUCGUCUAAAAGUCCUGCUGAUGAUCGAACGAUACCGGAGAUCUGUCUCCACCCUUCAAGUACGCAUCAUCAACGAGAAUCAAAUGGCACCGUUCUUCAAGAAGGUUGCAGUCAACUCACUUCCGAGUGAUCGUAUAUGCCUCCAGUUCAUUAAAGAAGAGCAUUUCUUUUUGGUUAUCACAUUCGUUUCUAAUGAGAAUCUCACUGUCAAAAUGAAUCUUUAUCUAUUGUGUACCCUUGAUGACAAGGUACAGAUGAUGGAGUUGAAUAAGGAGAAGCAGCUGAUUUCUGCUCCGAUCGAGGGAGUGGUGGACAUUGAAGCCAAGGCAUUUGGACAAUCUGAAUAUGAUGACGUGUGGACUUUGAAGGAAAAGCAUAGUCGCGUGGAGCCGUCCAUGGUUAGGCAGUUGACCACAGCUGUAGCUGCAGUAGAUGAUCGAAUUUCAUUUAUGCGUGUUUGUGAAGAACUGGACAAGAAGCGGAUAGGUUAUCGUAGCGUCGAGGAAGAACCUCACGUUGGAGGCCUUAUUUUGCACAUAACUGACGUCUCCGCUGUCGUUGACGUGCGAUGUGCAGCAUUUCUACGAAAUAUGGCUCGCUGCUGUCUGCGAUUGGACAGCAGAGCACGGGUCAUAUGGCCCCUUGAGUGCUGCAUGGUGAAUAUUCCUCUUGUGCGCGAUCUCAGUCCAUAUAAGAAGGGAAGAAAGACGGGCGUAUGGGUUCAUGAACAGAGCGGAAUAUCUGUAGGUGGUCCCGUUGAUACCAUAGCGACAUCAAUUAUUGAGCGCCUCACAAGAUAUUCUCACAUUUACGAUACUGUCAACAGAUUCGCUAAAGCUUACGAUGCGCACUAUAAUAAACUUUGUAAUGUGCAAGCUUACACGUUCCAUAAGCUGGUGAUUGCCUACGGUCGGGAACGUGAUCAGCAAUUGAUCGUGUCCUUCAGACCGCGAAAUGCUUCGAAUGAUCGAUUUAAUCUGAACUUUGGGCAGACACUUCCGAUUUCCAUCUAUGAUUCUACUGAAGUCAAUUUGCAAGAAGCAACUCGAUGGAAUGCGCAUUGCAUGAUGGCAACCAUUUUGAAAGACAAGUUCAACGCGAAAUCAGAUCUAACGGAACUUGUACACUACUUGGUCACGACUAGUGAUCCACUGCAGUCGUUGUCGUUCUUCAGUCGAAUACGAUUCCAGUCUUGUAAAGUUCUGGCCCAGUUGUUCAAUAAUGAUAUACCGUAUCCGCUCACAUUGAAGUUCCAUUUAAUGCCGAUAAAUGAGGUCACGUUGCGAUUGACCUAUGGGCAUAUUCAUCUGGAAUUUAUCAUGUUGUCUGGAGAUACUGUGGCCAUUCGCGAUAGCUCACGAAAUAAGCCUCGUUGUGCUGGUCUUCACCAGUUUUUCCACCUUUUAUCGAAGUAA